AUGGCAUCCUACGCUCCCCGCGUCCGGUCGCUAUACCGCAACAUCCUGCGCGAACUGCCAGCGCGUUCGCCCUCAAUCCUAGCCAAUCCCUCGCCCAUCCAAAAGCACAUCCGCGCCGACAUCAGCAACAGCAUCGUCACGCCAUCACUCCAACACCAGCAAGAACACAAGACCAUCGAACAGAUAUUAGACGAAGCUUCGCAGUAUGUGAACUACCUCCAGGCGCAACGACAAUACACUACGCUUGUUGAGCGCUACAAUCCGGGAAUGAACAUGAGUGAGGAGGAACGUGUGCGUCUCUCGGCGCGCAGGGUCGGUAUGAAUUUGCCUGUUGAGGCGGAUCUGUCGGAUUUGUCGGAGGAUGGAGAGGGCCGGAAGACUUCAUGA